GGGGAGCAGGGUAAAGGCCGGCGUGUCCAGCCCCAGUGGUCCCCUCCCGCCGGGACUGAGCCAUGUAAGCUUCGCCUGUACAACAGCCUCACCCGAAACAAGGAAGUGUUUGUGCCUCAAGACGGGAAGAAGGUGACAUGGUAUUGUUGUGGGCCAACCGUCUAUGACGCAUCUCACAUGGGACACGCGAGGUCCUACAUCUCUUUCGACAUCUUGCGGAGAGUUUUGAAGGAUUACUUCCAGUUCGACGUCUUCUAUUGCAUGAACAUCACAGAUAUCGACGACAAGAUCAUCCGGAGGGCCCGGCAGAACUACCUGUUUGAGCAGUACCGGGAGAAGAGGCCGCGGGCAGCCCAGCUCCUGGAGGACGUGCACGCCGCCCUGCAGUCAUUUUCAGAAAAAUUGAGCGAGACCACAGACCCCGAUAAAAGGCAGAUGCUGGAGCGGAUCCAGCAGGCCGUGCGGCUGGCCGCAGAGCCACUGGAGAGGGCCGUGCAGUCCCAGCUGGCCGGAGAGGAAGUGGACAGCCGAGCGCAGGUGCUGCUGGAGGAGGCCAGGGACGUACUUUCCGACUGGCUGGACGCCACGCUCGGCAGCGAGGUGACUGACAACUCCAUCUUCUCCCAGCUGCCCAAGUUCUGGGAAGGCGAGUUCCACAGAGACAUGGAGGCCCUGAACGUCCUCCCUCCUGACGUCUUAACCCGGGUGAGUGAGUACGUGCCGGAAAUCGUGAACUUUGUCCAGAAGAUUGUGGACAACGGCUACGGCUACGUUUCCAACGGCUCCGUCUACUUCGACACUGCCAAGUUUGCUUCCAGUGAGAACCACUCCUACGGGAAGCUGGUGCCUGAGGCAGUGGGCGACCAGAGGGCUCUUCAAGAAGGGGAAGGUGACCUCAGUGUCUCUGUGGACCGCCUGAGUGAGAAGCGCUCGCCUAGUGACUUCGCCCUGUGGAAGGCCUCCAAGCCAGGAGAGCCAUCCUGGCCGUGCCCAUGGGGAAAGGGCCGUCCGGGCUGGCAUAUCGAGUGCUCAGCCAUGGCGGGCACCCUCCUGGGGGCCUCAAUGGACAUCCACGGAGGCGGCUUUGACCUCCGGUUCCCCCACCACGACAACGAACUGGCGCAGUCAGAGGCCUACUUUGAAAAUGACUGCUGGGUCCGGUACUUCCUCCACACGGGCCACCUGACCAUCGCGGGCUGCAAGAUGUCCAAGUCACUGAAGAACUUCGUCACCAUCAAGGAUGCCUUGAGGAAGCACUCAGCGCGGCAGUUGCGCCUGGCUUUCCUCCUGCACGCGUGGAAGGACACCCUGGACUACGCCAGCAGCACCAUGGAGUCGGCGCUCCAGUAUGAGAAGUUCAUGAACGAGUUCUUCCUGAAUGUGAAAGAUGUCCUCCGAGCGCCUGUCGACGUCACUGGGCAGUUUGAAAAGUGGGAAGAGGAGGAGGCGGACCUGAAUCAGAACUUUCAUGACAAGAAGGCGGCAGUCCACGAGGCCCUCUGUGACAACAUCGACACCCGCACGGCCAUGGAGGAGAUGCGGGCCUUGGUCAGUCAGUGCAACUUGUACAUGGCAGCCCGGAAGGCCGCCAGGAGAAAGCCCAACCGCGUCCUGCUGGAGAACGUCGCCCUCUACCUCACCCGCAUGCUGAAGAUCUUUGGGGCCAUAGAAGAGGAGAGCUUCCUGGGCUUCCCCGUCGGAGGGCCUGGAUCCAGCCUCAGCCUGGAGGCCACGGUGAUGCCCUACCUCCAGGUGCUGUCGGAGUUCCGGGAAGGCGUGCGCAGGAUUGCCCGGGAGAAGAAAGUCCCCGAGGUCCUGCAGCUGAGUGAUGCCCUGCGGGACGACGUCCUGCCCGAGCUCGGGGUGCGGCUUGAAGACCACGAAGGAUUGCCAACGGUGGUCAAGCUGGUGGACAGAGACACCUUACUGAAAGAGAGAGAAGAGAAGAAAAGGGCCGAAGAGGAGAAGCGGAGGAAGAAGGAAGAGGCGACCCGACGGAGGCAGGAGCAGGAGGCGGCUCGGCUGGCCAGGAUGAAGAUCCCGCCCAGUGAGAUGUUCCUGUCUGAGAGCGACAAGUACUCCAGGUUUGAUGAAAACGGUCUGCCCACGCACGACGCGGAGGGGAAGGAGCUGAGCAAAGGCCAGGCCAAGAAGCUGAAGAAGCUCUUCGAGACACAGGAGAAGCUGCAUAGGGAGUAUCUACAGUUGCUUCAGAACGGAGGCUGCCCGUGAGGAGGCUGGCCGUGAGAAAGCUGCAGCCUCCCAGCCGCCGUGGACCACAGCCCUUGUCACGACACGGGUGUCCCGGGUCCCACGCUAAGAGUGUGCUUGUGUCGCUCAGUGUGGCCACCGGCGGAGGCGUUCAUAAUAAAUUCUUCAACUCGA